AUGGUUCACGGUCCUUGCGGUCAACACAAUUCGGGAUCUCCGUGUAUGGUUGGAGAGAAGUGUACAAAACGAUAUCCACGUCCAUUGCUCGCGGAAACUAUUUCCGGAAACGAUGGAUAUCCCUUAUACCGGCGUCGUUCGCCCGAGGACAAUGGCAAAUCCCUUACAAUGAAGGUACAAGGAAUUGACGUUGUGGUUGACAAUAGCUGGAUUGUACCCUAUUCACCGUUGCUUUCUAAAGCCUUCAAAAGUCAUUGCAAUGUUGAAUUAUGUAACUCAAUCAAAUCGAUUAAGUAUGUUUGCAAAUACGUGAAUAAGGGCAGCGACAUGGCAGUUUUUGGAAUUGCUGCUCCAGAUGCCAGCGACGAAGUGACACAAUACCAAAUGGGCCGUUACGUCAGUUGUAAUGAAGCGAUUUGGAGGAUCUUUGCAUUCCCGAUUCAUGAACGUCACCCGACUGUCGUCCAUUUAGCUGUCCAUUUAGAAAAUGGACAACGUGUAUAUUUCACGGAAACAAAUGCAGCUAGAAGAGCAGAACGAGCCCCAAACACGACAUUGACAAGUUAUUUUACCAUCUGCCAGAACGAUCCAUUCGCCAGAACGCUUCUAUACUCCGAAGUGCCACGCUACUAUACUUGGAAUAAGUCGUCGAGAAACUUCCAGCGCAGAAAGCAAGGACAAGUAGUUGCAGGAUAUGCCGACGUCUUUUCCACCGACGCACUUGGGCGAAUGUAUACUGUACAUCCAAAAAACGAUGAGUGCUUUUACCUAAGAUUGCUUUUGGUCAAUGUUUGUGGUCCAACAUCGUUUGAAUCGCUUCGGACUGUGGAUGGUAUGCUAUGUGCGACAUAUCGGGAAGCCUGUCAUCGGUUGCAACUGAUUGAAGACGACAGUCAUUGGGAUUUAGCGCUUGCCGACGCGGUUCUUACUGCACCAGCGAAUCAAAUACGCACGCUGUUUGCGAUUAUUAUUUCAACAUGCUUCCCUUCAAACCCUGUCGAAUUAUGGAACAAAUUCAAGGACGAUAUGGCCGACGAUAUUUUGUAUCGAUUUCGUACGGUAAAUCACGAACAGGAAAUGAACGAUGAAAUUCGCAACGAGGCUUUGAUUAUGAUCGAAGACGCGUGUCUGCUCAUGUGUGGCAGUUUGUUGAGCAAACUGGGGAUGCCGGCUCCCAAUCGAACAAUGCAUGAUGCAUUCAAUCGUGAGAUUGAGCGCGAGCAAGCAUAUGAUCAAGACGCGUUGGCCCAAGUAGUCCAAACAAAUAUUCCUUUGUUGAAUCACCAACAGAAGGACGUAUACGAUACAUUGAUGAGAGCUAUUGAUGACGGCAAUGGUGGCAUUUUCUUCAUCGAUGCGCCUGGUGGACUGGCAAAACCUUCCUUAUUUCAUUACUGUUGGCUUCAAUUCGUUCAAGACCUGACAUUGCCCUGGCGGUUGCCUCAUCGGGCAUUGCAGCCACAAUGUUGGAAGGUGGCCGAACUGCUCAUUCUGCAUUCAAAUUGCCAUUGA